AUGGCCUCCGUUUUCAAGAACCUUUCUUUCUCCGCCUCCAUUAUCCCUUACUUCGUCCCCAUCUUCUUCUCCUGCUUCUUUAUGGUCUCCCAUUCCGAAUACUUGUCCAAUACCACGUCGUUACCCUCCAUUACGACAAAAAAUAGUAAUGUAUCCGACGGCGGCGAGUGGGUUCUUUUGCACAAGAGCAUCGGCGUCUCGGCCAUGCACAUGCAGCUCCUCAUAAACGACAGAGUCAUCAUCUUUGACCGGACCGAUAUGGGCCCUUCCAACGUCUCCCUCCCCGACGGCACCGCCUGCCGUCAGUACAUCGCCCACAACAGGACCCUAAACGACUGCACCGCCCACUCCCUACUCUACAACCUCGCCAGCGAUACAUUCCGCCCCCUCUUCGUCGCCUCCGAGUUCUGGUGCUCCUCCGGCGCCCUCGAACCCAACGGCACCCUCGUCCAGACCGGCGGAUACGGGAACAUCGGCAUCCGAAAAAUCCGCACUUUCUCACCCUGCAACGACGGCAGCUGUCAGUGGGUCGAGCUCCCGGAAAAACUCUCCGACAACCGAUGGUACGCCACCAAUCAGAUUCUCCCCGACGGACGUGUCAUCGUCGUCGGCGGAAGAAGAGCUUUCUCCUACGAGUUCUACCCCAAGAAGAACGACGAGUGGUUUUACCUCCGGUUCUUGGCGGAGACCAAAGACCAGGGGGAGGAGAACAAUCUUUACCCGUGCUUGCACCUCCUGCCGGACGGCAACCUCUUCAUCUUUGCAAACAACCGGUCAAUCUUGUUUGACUACAAUAACAUCCGGAUCGUGAAGGAGCUCCCGGGUAUGCCUGUCGCCGUCAAGCGGAACUACCCCAGCACCGGGUCCUCUGUCCUCCUCCCGCUCAAAAUGAACGGGAUUUUAUCCGAGUCGGGUCUUCCUCAAGUUGAAAUCUUGAUAUGCGGCGGGGCACCACCCGGCGCGUUUUACAAGGCGAAAUAUGAAAACGUACACGGCUUCGCCUCCAACAGCUGCGGCCGGAUCAAAUUGUCCGACCCCGAUCCUAAAUGGGUCAUGGAGGAAAUGCCCAUGCCACGUGUCAUGUCCGAUAUGCUACUCUUGCCCACGGGUGACGUCCUUAUAAUCAACGGCGCGUCGAACGGGACGGCGGGCUGGGAGAACGCGGAAAAUCCAGUUUUCAACCCGGUCUUGUACCGAACCUACGAAUCCGACUCGGAACGGAGAUUCGUGGUGCUGAAGCCAGCCGGCAUUCCAAGAAUGUACCACUCAUCCGCUAUUCUUGCGCCAGAUGGCAGGGUAUUGGUGGGCGGGAGAAACCCGCACGAGAUGUACAGCUUCAAGAGAGCUUUCCCCACCGAUCUCAGCCUGGAGGCGUUCCACCCGCCGUACCUGGCCCCACUCUUCGCUUCCCUGCGGCCGUCGAUCCUGACCGUCGAAACGAGGGACGAUACCGUAUCGUACGGCCAGGAGUUUUCUGUUACUUUUGUUUUAUCCGAGUACCGGGCCGAUCCCGGGAUUACGGUGGCGCUCGUGACGCCGUCGUUUACGACGCACUCGUUCGCAAUGAAUCAGAGGAUGGUGGUCUUGGACGUGGUGCGCCUGGUGCACCUGUCGACGUCUGCUUGCAAGAUUACGGCGUAUGGGCCACCGAAGAACACAGUGGCCCCACCAGGAUACUACUUGCUAUUUCUUGUCCACGCUGGGACUCCCAGUCACGGUGUCGGGGUUCGAGUUACGAUCGGUACUUUUCUUCCUAUUGUCCUUGAAGAGAGUUGCUAG